GACGCCGGCCGGGCUGAAGGGGGCCGGGAGGCGCCGCACGGCUCUCGCAGCCGGGGCAGAGCCUCUCCGGCCGUCAACGCAGAAUUUUUCAAGCAGCUGCUGGAACUUCGCAAGCUGUUCUUUCCAAAACUGGUGAGCGCCGAGCUGGGCUUGCUCUGCCUCCACUCGGUCGCUCUGGUUUCCCGGACCUUCCUCUCCAUCUAUGUGGCCGCCCUCGAUGGGAAGAUUGUGAAAAGCAUCGUGGAAAAAAAGCCCAGGAGCUUUGUCUUCAAAUUAAUCAAAUGGCUGAUGAUUGCAAUCCCGGCCACUUUUGUGAACAGCACCAUACGGUACCUGGAGUGCAAGCUGGCCCUCGCCUUCCGCACGCGCCUGGUGGAUCACGCCUAUGAGACCUACUUUGCCAACCAGACUUACUACAGAGUGAUCAGCAUGGACGGGCGGCUGGCCAACCCUGACCAGUCCCUCACCGAGGACAUCAUGAUGUUCUCACAGUCCGUGGCGCAUCUCUACUCCAACCUCACCAAACCCAUCCUGGAUGUCGUGCUAACCUCCUACACCCUCAUCCGCACAGCGCGGUCCCGGGGGGCUAACCCCAUCGGCCCCACGCUCCUGGCUGGGCUCGUCGUCUACGCUACAGCCCGCGUGCUCAAAGCUUGCUCUCCCAAGUUUGGCAAGCUGGUGGCUGAGGAGGCGCACAAGAAGGGCUAUCUGCGCUUCAUGCAUUCGCGCAUCAUUGCCAACGUGGAAGAGAUCGCCUUUUACCGAGGGCACAAGGUAGAAAUGAAACAACUGCAGAAAAGCUACAAGGCUUUGGCAGAUCAAAUGAAUCUCAUUUUGUCCAAACGUUUAUGGUACAUCAUGAUAGAGCAGUUCCUGAUGAAGUAUGUCUGGAGUAGCUGUGGUAUGAUUAUGGUCGCUGUGCCCAUCAUCACCGCAACAGGAUUUGCAGAUGGCGAAUUGGAAGAUGGCCAGAAACAGGCAAUGGUUAGUGAAAGAACAGAAGCUUUUACUACAUCCCGAAACUUGCUGAUCUCUGGAGCAGAUGCUAUUGAAAGGAUUAUGUCUUCAUACAAAGAGGUUACUGAGCUAGCAGGCUACACCGCCCGCGUCUACAACAUGUUUGCAGUCUUUGAUGAGGUGAAGAGAGGCAUCUACAAAAGAACUGCUGUUAUUCAAGGGUCUGAAAACAACAGCAAGAAUGAAGAUAAAGCAGAAUUACACAUCGAUGGGCCCUUAGAAAUCAAAGGGAAAGUUAUUGAUGUUGAUCAUGGAAUUAUUUGUGAAAAUGUUCCUAUUAUUACUCCAAAUGGCGAUGUCGUGGUUUCCAGACUAAACUUCAAAGUCCAGGAGGGGAUGAAUCUUCUAAUCACUGGACCCAAUGGCUGUGGAAAGAGUUCGCUCUUCAGAAUUUUAAGUGGUUUGUGGCCUGUGUAUGAAGGAGUCCUCUGCAAACCCCCUCCGCAGCACAUGUUUUAUAUACCACAAAGGCCCUACAUGUCCAUUGGAACGCUACGUGAUCAAGUCAUCUAUCCAGACUCAGUGGACGACAUGCAUGAGAAAGGCUACCAAGAUCAGGAUCUGGAGAGUAUCCUGCAUAUGGUUCAUCUGUACCACAUAGUUCAAAGAGAAGGAGGCUGGGAUGCCAUCAUGGAUUGGAAAGAUGUCUUAUCAGGAGGGGAAAAACAAAGGAUGGGCAUGGCUCGGAUGUUUUACCAUAAGCCAAAAUAUGCAUUGCUGGACGAGUGCACAAGUGCUGUAAGCAUUGAUGUUGAAGGAAAGAUAUUCCAAGCUGCGAAAGCUGCUGGGAUAUCCCUGCUUUCUAUAACACACAGACCUUCUCUUUGGAAGUACCACACUCACUUGCUGCAGUUUGAUGGACAAGGUGGCUGGCGUUUCGAGCAGUUGGACACCGCUAUCCGUUUAUCACUGAGCGAGGAAAAACAGCGACUGGAAUCCCAACUUGCAGGGAUUCCUAAAAUGCAGCAGAGACUGAAUGAACUGUGUAAAAUCUUGGGAGAAGACUCAGUGCUUAAAACAAUGGACAAAGAGGAAUAAAUAAUUUAUGUUUU